GUGCGUGGCGUGCGUGCGUUGGCCUGGGAAGCCCUGGACUUGUGAGGUGUGCGAGCUGGUAGCAGUGAGAGACUUCGGCGGACAUGGCUCCCAGCGUGCCAGCGGCAGAACCCGAGUAUCCUAAAGGCAUCCGGGCCGUGCUGCUGGGGCCUCCCGGGGCCGGUAAAGGCACCCAGUUGGAGAAACUGAAGUUUGAAUGGCUUGUUCUCUAGGCUACAUAGCAAGUAAUUUACAGAGCUUGCAUCUGAAUGACUCCAAAGCUCCUGCUCUUUCUGCUGCUAUCUACUGCCCCAGGCACCCAGAUUGGCUGAAAACUUCUGUGUCUGCCAUUUGGCUACUGGGGACAUGCUGAGGGCCAUGGUGGCUUCUGGCUCAGAGCUAGGAAAAAAGCUGAAGGCAACUAUGGAUGCUGGGAAACUGGUGAGUGAUGAAAUGGUAGUGGAACUCAUUGAGAAGAAUUUGGAGACCCCCUUGUGCAAAAAUGGUUUUCUUCUGGAUGGCUUCCCUCGGACUGUGAGGCAGGCAGAAAUGCUCGAUGACCUCAUGGAGAAGCGGAAAGAGAAGCUUGAUUCUGUGAUUGAAUUCAGCAUCCCAGACUCUCUGCUGAUCCGAAGAAUCACAGGAAGGCUGAUUCACCCCAAGAGUGGCCGUUCCUACCAUGAGGAGUUCAACCCUCCAAAAGAGCCCAUGAAAGAUGACAUCACUGGGGAACCCUUGAUUCGUCGAUCAGAUGAUAAUGAGAAGGCCUUGAAAAUCCGCCUGCAAGCUUACCACACUCAAACCACCCCGCUCAUAGAGUACUACAGGAAACGGGGGAUCCACUCUGCUAUUGAUGCAUCCCAGACCCCUGAUGUUGUGUUCGCAAGCAUCCUAGCAGCCUUCUCCAAAGCCACAUGUAAAGACUUGGUUAUGUUUAUCUAAUGUUGGGUCCAAGAAGGAAUUUCUUCCUAUCUCUGUGAGGGAAUGGGUGGGAAUGAUAGGACAGGCAAAGAGAAGCUUCCUCAGGCUAGCAAAAAUAUCAUUUGAUGUAUUGAUUAAAAAAGCACUUGCUUGAUUUACCUUUGGCGUGUGUGCUACUCUCAUCUCAUCUGUGUGUAUGUGUGUUGUGUGUGUGUGUGUACAUAUGUGUUCACUCUCCUACUUUCUAAGUUUUAGGCUAGGUUGCUUUACCAACUGUUUACUUCUUUUUUGUUGUUGUUUUGAGACAGGGUUUCACUCUGCCACCCAGGCUGGAGUGCAGUGGCGUGAUCUUGGUUCACAGCAACCUCUGCCUCCUGGGGCUCAAGCAAUUCUCCCGCCUCAGCCUCCUGAGCAGCUGGGACUACAGGUGCACGCCAUAACACCUGGCUAAUUUUUGUACUUUUUGCAGAGACAGGGUUUUGCCAAGUUGCCAAGGCUGGUCUUGAACUCCUGGGCUUAAGCAAUCCACCCACCUUGGCCUCCCAAAGUGCCAGGAUCACAGAUGUGAGCCAUCACAUCCGGCCCAGCUGUUUACUUUAACCAUACUUUUGAUUUUAUUUUUUGACCAAAAUAAACUAACCCAGGUAAUCUUCCAGGGGCCACAAUUCCAAAACCUCAUAGUAUUUCUUCCAUUUCCAGCAGCUGAUUAGAAGUCCAGGAUCAUGUGAAGUCAGGCAGGGUCUCAGUUCCUGAUGGUACAUUAUGGACAGAGAAUUCCAUUUGUUUUCUAACCCAUAAUGAAAACCCACAUGAGUCAACAUGCGAACAGGGAUCAUUAAUUUUUUUCCCCUUAGGUGGAAGGGAAAAGGCGCUUACAUUGCAGGUUAUAGAAAUUACUGGGAGACGUCAUAAAAAGAGCCAGGCCAAAUUAGAAUGUUUUUGUGAUCUGCAUCAUGAUGCUGAAAAGUAGCGAUUAUUUGGGAAUUGGGUUUGAAAACUGAAUUGUUGCCAGAGAAUUAAACCAGGUGAAAGGUCCUUUUGAAUUCAGAUUGUCUUCUGAACAUGGAGGCUGAGCAUCUGAGAGCAGUCAAAUCUACUUCCCCAAAGAGAGACCAGGGUAGGUUUAUUUGCUUUUAUUUUUAAUGUUUGCCUCUGUUUCCAAGUGUCAACAAAACAGUGUGUGAUCUAUUCUUGGAUUUAUUUUGAUCAGUAUUUACUCAAACCCAGUCUCUCUCCAGGACGUAAAACUGAAAUCAGAUAUGUUCUUUUUAAGCCCAAACCCUCUGCCUUCUAGAUCCAAUCCUUCACCCCUAAUUUUAUGAUGGCUAUAGCCAUGGACUUCCCCAAGAAAAGAUCACCCGGAAAUAAGACCACCUGUGACAGUAACCAGCUUUUAUUCAUAACCUUAGCUUCCCAACUAUUGAGCAUUUUCUAAGUUCCCUGCUAUGUCUUUUGGUCUCUGGUUUGAUUUGUGGCAAACAGAUGAAGUAACAGACUACUAUGAAGGACCACAAAAACAGCAGCCUCUGGAAAAACCAUUAGAAAGUCAGUGGCAGAUCCAGUAAAUAAUGUCGCCUGCCUCAGCAUAAUCUGCUGCUGACUCAAUUUAGUGGGCUCUAAAGUGCCCAGCCUCCUUCUGACCUGAGCUCUCCUGCCAUCUGUGAGACUACCAGAGGUCUUAUCUGCCGUCCACAUGGCAACUGGGCAUGAGUACGUGGCCACCUUGCUUCCCUCUUUGCCUGGUCCAAGUGAAUGUCUGCUGCCUCUAUCCUGCCUUGUCUUCCUGGCUCUAAACUAACUCCACCUACUCUUAAUGGAAACUCAGUCUGGCUUUGUGUGUUUCUGGGAAGCACAUGACUUCUGGGAAUGGGCAAGGAAGAGGAGUGAAACAAAAACUGUCAGCGAUGUGUGCCUGGCCUGGGAUCCUUCUCUGGGUGACAGUGGCAUCAUGAAUCUUGGAAUCAGCUCCCCUUGAACUAGGGACAAUUGUAAGCACUUGGCCUCAAAGUUGAGGUCCCUGAAUGUUUGCUAAUUGAAUAUGCAUGAUCCUUGCCCAAAUAUUUGUCAUCCAUCCACAUAGAUUCAUGUGUGCAUACAACAUGUGCAAGUAAUAUUUGGGCUGCCCAUGAGAACUAGAAGAUUCAUAGGGAAUGCAUAUACCCUUGUCAGAAUGGUUAGAAUUCUGUUUUUGCUUUGUUUAAUUCCAGAGUCUUAGCCUCAGCAGGUUCUGCUUUUACCUGUCAGAGAAAUGUCCAGUGUUUAAUGCAUUUGGUUGCUGGGGCUUACAUGCCAGCCUCCUUUGAUAUGUACUUGGUUUUUAAAAACCCAUUUUGUUCUCUCUUGUUUCCUCUCUAUUUCAGCCUAGUAUCAGAAGGCCAGGCGAGACUACACCACUGCUCAUCACCCUGCGGCGUGAUCCCUGCUCUUAGGUGCUGGGCAGAAGGGAAGGGUGGUCAGGGUGAGGAUGGUGAGGGAGGGCUGGUGAGGGGCUCAAAGGAAUAGUUGGAACAACAGCAGUGUUAUUGUAGUGUGGCAGUUUCUUUUAUACAUAGGUGGGAGUUUUUAAAGUGUAAGGGAAAAAUUAAUUUUUUAAAAAAUACCAUGCUUGGAGGGUGGGGGUAGAAAUAGAGAGAUACAGUAUUAUUUCUAAGGAAUCGGGUUUUCAUUUACUCUGGACUGGUGAAAAUAUUUUUUAAAGCCAGCGCACUAAGACCUCAGCUUUUAUCUCAGAACCCCAUGGGUUCCAGACCAAGAAUACAGGAAAUCAAAUUGUUGUCCUGUGUGUCUAUAGCUUGCAACAGGGAGGCUUUGAUUACUGACCCUGGUUCCACACACUGUAAGAUCAAAAAACCGUCUCCACAUUUGAAAGAGAUGUAAGGUGUAUUCAUAGGGACGGUGGCUCAACAAAUCAAGCAUACUGGAAUCAAGGGGAGGGGGAAGGGAAUGGAAUGGAAAGGGAGGCUGAUUCCCUUCCCCUGACUUACCACUGAUUUACUAGGCUACCUACUCUCAUGAGUAACCUCUCACAGCUACACAGCACAUGCCACAAUCCUAUGCUCUUGCCUUCUUUUAUCUGCAGUGUGUGAAGGGACUCUUUUAAAUAAAUGAGCAAGUGUCCUAAGCUAUGUCAUCCAAAGACUGUCCUUUCCAUUAUCAAAUCCUGUGACUGGGAUCACUCAACAGCACUGUGAUGUAUUAUUUUCAAUGAGGUGCCUUUCUUAACUGACCAAAUGCUGCCUUGUUUGGCCCCUAAAUCAAUAAAAUGUUAAAAUUUGUAUCCCCUGUUGUGGCAUUUUUUAAGAUAAUCUAAGCUAGAAAAAUGAUACUGAAUUCUGGACCUGGCUUGGAAGGAAAAGAAGCCCUUUCUUAUGGUCACUGACAGCUGUGUGGUAGGGAGGUCCAAGUAUGUGCACAUAAGAUAAGCUUGCAACCUCUGGACCUUCAGCUCCUAUGCAGGCUUUUCUUGAGCCCAGAGACAAGGCAGCUUGGUCUAGUGGAGCUAGCACUGUGCUUGGAGUUUAGGGGACCUAGGACAAAUCCCAGCCAGUUAGUUAUUCAUUCUGCUCCUGUUUCCUCAGCUGAAAAAGGAAAUUGGUUAUGCCACCUUCUUGGCCUUAAUGGCAUUAAAUGAAAUUUAUAGGAAGAAGGUUUUUGCUCAGUACCUGGCACGCAACAGACAAUGGAUAAAUGUUAGUUGGAUCCAGAUAUACACAGAAAAAUACCUGCUUCCUGCCAGACUGGAUAAUUGUUGAAUGGGCACUUGUCCAUAGUCUAGAAAGCCAGUGCUUCUAAUCCCUAAGCCAGAUCUUUGACUACCUUUUCAGUUGCUUCUUUAGCACUCUUUGUUGCUUCUCUGUGUGUCCUAGUUUAAAUUCAUUUCCUCUCCAGCAAAAGUGAGCUUAAAUCAUUUGUCCAAACUAAAGCUCUUAUGCUUUUGGAAGGGCUGCCUUUGCAAGUGAGUUUUCCGAGAAAUGACUGUUGUUCCCAAAACAAGAGGGAGCUGGCUGGAAGCACCACUAUUCUCCUUUAGGCAUCUUGUUACAGAGAGAGGCAGGAUCUUCACUGACAUAUUAAAUCCUGUUCCCUGAACCAGCCCCUCCUUCUUCUGCUCCACUUCCUCACCUCUGCAGAGUCACUUUCAGGUGUCAACCUUACUGAUUUGCACUGAUCUGUUUGUUCCCUGAGCUUUUUAAAUGCCCUAUGAAAAUUUUCUUUCCUCCGUCGGUCAUCAUGCAUCUAAUUGCGGGGAAAUGUUUGUCAAACCAGCCUGCGAAGCAGCAUGGUGUAGUGAGAAGAAUAAACAGAGAAGACUGGGUGA